GAGGCCUAGCAGCAGCAGCAAGCGGCGAGCAAGGCGAGCAGCACGUAGAACCGCCAUGGCGCGCCCGCUUCGCCGAAGAAGAGGGACGCGAGCCGACGACCAACGGUCAUCCCGACGCUGUCGCUGAGUGCGCCCGCAAAAGGGCGCGCCGCCGCAGGCGCAGAUGGACUCCCUGCACCGGCGGCCGUACGCGAGUUCGGAGUCAUGGCCCGAGAGCCCGCCGGAGCCGGCACCCGCGGUGCCGCCGCGCAACGCGUACGCAGAGCCGCCCAGCUACAGCGAGACCACAGGCCCCAUGGUGCCGCCGGCCGCGAGCCGCGUCAACCCGCAGCUCAUCAUCGAAGCCCCUCGGGCCGCGUCCACGUCCCUGGCGGCCGCUCUCACCCAGCGGCUAAGGCCGCGCAGCGGCUGGCAGUGGGCCUGCUUGGCGCUGGCCGCGCUCGCCGGCAACCCUCGCCGCGGCGCUGGCUUACGUCGCCGCUGCCGGGCCGGCAGCAAAGCCGUGCGUGCUCCUGGACGUGGCGGCCGAGAGCCUGUCCGCUUCCGCGCCGCCGCCGCCGCCGCACCGGCAUAGCAACAGCCUGCAGCAGUCGCAGCAGCCUCAACAGAAAAACCAGCACAAUCAGCAGCAUAAUCAGCCCGCCGCGCGGGAGCCUUGCAGACCGCCCGCGCAGGCCGACGC